AUGCUCCCCGACGUUCUGGCCGCCCUCCCUAAUGCAGGAACUGGAGGUAGGAACGCCCAGCUGAGAGAAAUUGGAUUAGCGCUACAAUCUAAGCCUCGAGCUCACGAACACAAGGGUAGGACGUCCCUUGGUCCCAAUGUUCCAGUCAAUCCCCAAGCCCCAGAGCCACGUCGUAAAGGUCGAAAGAAAGAUUCUAAGGCGGUUCCUCCACCGUAUAGCUCGCUCGUCAGUGAUGCUCCAGAUGCCUCAGCCAUGGAUAUUGCAGAGCCCAGCUUGACAUUACUACAACCUGGCAGACGGUUUGGAUUUGCUGCUUCAAACACCACAGACUUUGUUCAUCCCGGUACUGCUAAGCCCGAUCUUCAGGUGUCGGAAAACCCAUAUGUCACCGUUGGGAUGAAGGUCGCUGAGCAGCGAGCUAGGGACGUUAUUGCUGAGCAGCGAGCUAGGGACGCUAUUGCUGAGCAACGAGCAAGGGACGCUAUUGCAGAGCAGCGAGCUAGGGAUGCUAUCGAUGAGCAGCGAGCUCGGGAUGCUAUCGAUGAGAAACGAGUUCGGGACGCUAUCGCUGAGAAACGAGCUCGGGACGCUAUCGCUGAGCAGCGAGCGCAGCAUACCCAGAGGUCCGUCUUUUUGGAGCACAACUUAGACCCAGCUCUGCGCCAGGAGGAUGACACUGUUAGGGCUCAACGUCAUCUGAGGCUGCUAGGAUCUGAGGAGGACAGCGACUCCAAAAGCAGCAGCAGCAACGACAGCGAUGACAGUGACGACAGCGACAACAAAGAUCCCGACGGAGAGGCUGACGGAGAGGAUGAUGAAGAGGGGGAGAAUGAUGACACUGUCAAGAGCUCGCAGGAGUUUGGUUGGGGGGAGGCCGGCCGGCGCCAGAAAGAACAUCCAGGAUUUUCAAAGGAUGCACUACCUUCGCAACCUCCAGUCGCUCGUCCACUCACACCUGAAUUUGAAUUCCAGUAUUCACGUGAUGAAGAUGAUGUUGUUGCCCUGACGAGCCUUGAUAAAACCUCCCGGAACGAAAGCUCUCAGGGCCCUCAGGACAUCUCACCAGGCCUACAGCGGCAACAGUCCCAACACAUUGAGACCAUUACCUUGAAGCCCGAGGAUGUAUUGCAGCGCCACCAUGAGAAAAACAGAAAGCCCCGUCUUCCUGACCCUGACUCCCUCAAGCUGCUAAAUCAAGAAACCGAGUCUAGCGUUCAGCCAUCAAGAGCCAAAAGGUCCAAGGCAUCGGGUAGUGGGCCAACACCCGAUCAACUAUCUUGGUAUGGCCCGCGCUGGAAGCGUUUUCUGGAGGAUGCCAAAGCGGAAUGUCGCCUGCAACAUGCCCUGGAGAAUCCGUUUCCAGCCUUGGUGAAGAACCUACCAGGAUCAAUCACCGAAGUUCUUAUCGCAACGUUGGUUAUGUGGGAUAGGAACGGUGAACAAUUUGAAGCUGGGGUUUGGCCUGAGCAAAAAAUUAAUAUGUCUUGGUUGCUGUACGACGAUCUUUCAACUUGGCGAUCAGACUUGAAGAAAACUGCCAUAAGCAUUGCACCACUAUCAUAUUCGCUCAUUCCCCCGCUUUCGGUCCCCGCUCAAGAACGUGCUGCUUGGAUUGAACAUGCGGCUGCUGGUUUAAUCAAAGAAUCGCUAUUCUUACGGUUUGGGGUGGACGAAAUGGGGAAAACGCGAAAUUUUGCCCAUCCCGCCCUUCGUGAGGUUGCCAUCGCAUUCUUUUACACAGGGCCAUAUCGAAUCGCGCAAAGGAUGCCAGAGAUCUUCCGUACGGAAUUGCCACUCUCGUGUUUGGCUUUGGUUGCCGCAGUGUUCAAUUGCGUCCUCGACGGUCUUGCGAAAAACGGACAUGGAAAAUCAUACCCGAAUUUUUCAAGCAAGGACUACAGCCCUAUUUACAAUCGGAUGCUCGUAUUUCUCAAAGAUAUCCUUGGAGACGCGUAUCAUGGUCCGAGGCUGGCCGCGGCAUUGAAUCUCGAAGGAGUUGUUGAGGCGAAGCACGACCACCUGCAAAUUCUUCUCGACUUUUCUAUUCCCGCGCCCCUCUUUCAUCGUUUUAGGCACCGUUGUAUCAUUGUGUUCCCGAUCGUGAUCUAA